AUGGAUACUAAAACUCCAGUUACAUUAGCCAAGGUCAUCAAGGUCCUCGGAAGAACCGGAUCCCGUGGUGGUGUCACCCAAGUCAGAGUUGAGUUUUUGGACGACUCCUCUAGAACUAUUGUCAGAAACGUCAAAGGACCAGUUAGAGAGAACGAUAUUCUGUGUCUGAUGGAGUCUGAGAGAGAAGCCAGAAGAUUACGUUAA